ACUGUCACCAUGGUUUUCUAUUUCACAUCGAAUGUGGUCGAACCUUCCGCCUUCAUUUAUGUCGGCAAGGACAAAUUCGAGAACGAGGAUCUCAUAAAAUAUGGAUUGGACAAUGAUGUCUGCGGCAAUUGCCCUAAUACUUCUAUACACUUGCAGUUCCACGUCGACAAUUUGUCAAGUGCACACGUCUACGUGCGCCUUCGAGAAGGUGAAACAUGGGAUAACAUCGCCCAACCGCUGCUAGAGGAUUGCGCCCAACUCACAAAGGCGAACUCCAUUGAAGGUAACAAGAAGGACAACAUCACUGUCAUCUACACACCAUGGUCAAACCUGAAGAAAGACGGGUCAAUGGCAGCCGGCCAAGUCACAUUCCAUAAUCACAAGCUGGUCCGCAAGGUCUAUGUGAAGCAGCGUGAAAACCCAAUCGUCAACCGGUUGAACAAGACCCGAGUCGAGAAAUACCCCGAUCUCCGAGCCGAGAAGGAAGAGGACACGAAGAAGAAGCAGCGCAGUGACCGCAAGGCCCGAGAUGAACAGCGUGCGAAGGAAAAGAAGAAGCAGCAAGAGUAUGAACAACUCAAGUGGCAGAAAGAUCAUGCAUAUGACGAUAUGUUCACGGAGGAGAACAUGGAAGCCAGCAACAACCAGGAUCGUGAUGAGGAUUUCCUUGACGAUUUCAUGUGA